AUGACUGGAAAAAGUAUAGAAGAAUAUGGCUUGGGCCUCCGGAAUUCUGUAAACAACGCUUGGAAUAACAUAGUGAAGGCGAUAAAACGACCCGUGAAAAUAAGAAGAUUGGGGCGAACUGGCAGAACCAAAUCUCCAAGGACAACAGUCUCGACUACGCCAACCCGCUACCUUAUAAAACUGACGCGCAUCCACCAACACCACGAUACAUGGACGACACCUUCGACCACCACCAAGACCCUCACGAAGCUGGUGAUCCCAGUACUGAUGCAGCCGAACUGGAGGAUCAUGUUUGACUGGCGGAAUGGCAAGGAUGUGAUAAACAAGCCUGAAAAGACAAAAGAUACGAUGAAAUCUGAGCGAUAUACAUUGUCUGAAUUCAAUAGCAACAUCAACAAGGUGUCUGAAGACGACAGCCAGCAUUAUGGGAACCUAUUCUUUGUUUAA